UUUUGAAGCUCAAGAACAUGUCCAGACAAUUUUGUAACAGGAAAUUCUCCGUUGUCAACUUCAUGAGCAUGUUCAAGACAAUCAAGUCCCGAGAAGACAGUGAGGGGAGUUCUGAAUCGAGCGACAUCAAAGAGGAUUACGAAUUGUCUCUCAUGGUUGAGAAGUAUGCUCCUGGUGAAGACACGGAGUUGAACAAGAAUAUGCAGUACUCGCCUAACCUGUCACCGAUGGGUCAAAGUCCUGACCAGUUGAGCAACCUCUCUAUGUCUCCUGGACUUUGGGAUUACGUCGUCGUAGAAGAUUCGAGAAAGUCUCAGGGGCAGAUGGACAUUGACCUUUCCAUCCAAAAUGACAACAAUCAGGCGUCAAGAAGUUCUCCUCCUCAGGAGCCUUCAGAGAAAGUCUCAUUGCUCCCAAGUUUGCCGCUCCGACCAGAGAAGUGUACAAAACGAUCGAAGAUUGAAGUGUACGAAGGCGAGCAUGUCCCGGCUGCAAGCUCACCAGCGAACAUCUUGUCGCCUGUUCGACCGGCAGGACCUCGUAUCUCAAUGUCGCCAAACGUUGUGGGCAGAAACGGUUCUCGCUGGGUCUCUGCUGAGAGUGGUAGUGUGAAGGGGAAGCGUGGGGAGCCUGGCCAGAGAUGCUCGUCGUUUCCUGAGGAUGCCAUGGCAGCCGGAUACAACGAGACGAGCUCACUUCCUCUAGACAUCCUGAAGGAGGUAGAGCUGCGGAAAUCUUCACGAGACGCUCUGCAGUCAUGCAAGCAAAAUGUUGUCACUCAUCAGAAGGUAUCGGGUUGGAGCAUCAAGCUUGUCCAA